UAAAGCCACGUCUGGAGUUGUUUUACCACAGACGGGUCACGAGUUCGGAGCGAGUCGAAUCGUGUUUCUUGCAGAAUACAUCAAUGUCGGCUAAUAAUUCCUUCUUCCCCAUCGAUAACUAGGAAUUUCUUCCUUCCUUCCUCGAACCCAGCGCCGCUUUUGCCAUUUGUAAUUUUAGCCGCUAAUUCCAGAAAAAAAAAGCAGCUGUUUCUAACAAACGAAUUUUGAUUUGUAUUCACCAAGUACGUAACUGCGGGGGGAGGCGUAUAUAGGAGAUGUUUUCUGUAAGAGGGUUGACCCGGUUAUCGAAGUCGGGUUACGCCCGUUGCCGAUGGGUCUACUCUUCGUUGGGGAGUAAUAGCAGCGUGCCCUUGCUCGAGCAUCCGACCCAUUUCCGCUCACACCUUCAACCUUCUCAUGAGGUUUUGGGUUGCAGAGUUAUUUAUUCUUGGGUUUCGAGCGCCCUAAGUAGCGUUGGACAACAGGCUCAGUAUCAAAGCAGAGAGGAGCAAAUAGAUCCAUUUUCUCUUGUUGCCGAUGAAUUGUCGCUUCUUGCAAAUCGCUUAAGGUCCAUGGUAGUCGCUGAGGUUCCUAAGCUUGCAUCUGCUGCAGAGUAUUUUUUCAAAAUGGGAGUUGAAGGAAAAAGAUUCCGGCCCACUGUUCUAUUGUUGAUGGCAACAGCUUUAAAUUUACCUGCGCCGAGGCAACAACCGCACGACGCUGCAGUUGAUAACUUGGCCACGGAGUUGCGUGUAAGACAACAGUGUAUCGCUGAAAUCACUGAGAUGAUCCAUGUUGCUAGCCUCCUCCAUGAUGAUGUGUUGGAUGAUGCUGAUACGAGGCGCGGGAUUGGUUCGUUAAAUUAUGUGAUGGGAAAUAAGUUAGCUGUAUUGGCUGGAGAUUUCCUACUAUCUCGGGCUUGUGUAGCACUUGCCUCUUUAAAGAACACUGAGGUUGUAUCCCUCUUGGCUAAAGUUGUGGAGCAUCUAGUUACCGGUGAGACAAUGCAAAUGACAACUUCAUCUGACCAGCGUUGCAGCAUGGAUUACUAUAUGCAAAAAACAUACUACAAAACCGCCUCAUUGAUUUCAAAUAGUUGCAAGUCUAUUGCCCUUCUUGCUGGACAAACAUCCGAAGUUUCGGUUUUGGCUUACGACUACGGGAAAAAUUUGGGGUUGGCUUUUCAGUUAAUUGACGACGUUCUUGAUUUCACUGGCACUUCAACUUCACUGGGGAAGGGCUCGUUGUCCGACAUUCGACAUGGCAUAGUUACAGCUCCUAUAUUGUUCGCUAUGGAGGAGUUCCCCGAGCUUCGAGAUGUUGUCGAUGAAGGAUUCGACAAUUCCGCAAAUGUGGACCUUGCCCUCGAGUAUCUUGGAAGGAGUAAGGGUAUAGAGAGAACUAGGGAGCUGGCAGCAAAGCAUGCUAGCCUUGCCUCAGCUGCAGUCGAUUCAUUUCCGGAAAACGAUGACGAGGAUGUGCAAAGGUCGAGAAGGGCUCUUGUGGAAUUAACUCACCGAGUCAUCAACAGAACAAAGUAAUUCGAGCGACGAUUUAGCUCACACAAAAGACAGAGUUAGGAAGGUUUUUGUCUUCUCUGUUUCUACUCAGUUUUCUUAUUGCAAAACACACGGCAGUUUUUAGGAAAGUUUUGGCUUCUGGUAUUUUCUACUGUGUCAAUCAUUACCCGAUCGACAUUUCAUAGUUAUACUUUUAAAUAAAUGUCUGCCAACUAAGAAAAAUCUCGUGUGAACGGUCAAUCCAAUGUAAAAGUAUUUAUAUUGAUGACUCGACUUGUGAACUUUUGUAUGGGAUCGGUUUUCUAUCAGGCCGUAGGAUCUCAUACCUGCAUCUACUCUCCCAAAUUUGAUUUUA